UCACAUCGUGCUCUACAGAUCAGAUUUACAAAAUGGAUGGAAUCUAUGAAAAUUAUGAUUCAACAGCUGAACCGAAAGGCAAAUCUACUCAACACAAGGGUCAGACUUCCUGUAAGUGGACUAAAGUUCUUCUGAUAGUUCUCUUUGUGUCUGUUGUUCUUGCUGUUGCGGCUCUCUGUGUUCUAGGUGUCCUGUAUUAUAAUAAGCAUGCAGAUUUUGAAUCGCUGACAAUGAAGCAAAACAUGAUUUUAAUGCAGCUGUCUGCUCAAGAGGUUAACAACACAAUGAUGGAAAAAAGCUUUGAGAAACUUACAUCCAGGUACAACAGAAUUAAAGAAUGGCUGACUUUUAAGGAUGAGAACUGGUCAUCCUUUCAGGGAAAGAUAUAUUUCUUCUCCUCUGAUAAACACACCUGGUCAAACAGCAGAGGUGUCUGUCUUUCAAAAGGAGCUGACUUGGUCACCAUAACUAGCAAAGCAGAACAGGUGUUUCUUCAUUCUAAAAUUGAAGAGACUCGCUGGAUCGGUCUUAAUGAUCUGGAGACUGAGGGCCGGUGGGUUUGGGUGAAUAACCAAACUCUUGAAGAAACAGGAGUACAGUUCUGGCACAGAAGGGAAUCUGGGAAAAAUGAACCUGAUAACUGGAAAGAGAAGGAUCCAUCAGGAGAGAACUGUGCCAGUAUGCAAAAUGCGCAUGGCAUUUCAGAUGUUUGGUUUGAUCAAUCUUGCCAAACAGAGACAAAGUUUAUUUGUGAAAAGAGAAGCUCGCCCUACACAGAUGACGACUAGUAAGGAGGACUGUUCAGUUAAAGCAUAGCUUGAAGUUUAUUUUUAACUAAUCAUUUUGGAAACAUUCAAAUAACCAUUUUUUAGAUCUGCUUUUUCAAAAUAUAGUAAACAAUUAAAGUUGAAAACUUGCAAAAUCUACAAUGAUUUAUCUCUGAGCUAUUAUUUUAUUGUUUAACUCGGACAUAUGAUCUCAUCUUUUCACUUGUUCUCUUUCACAAGUUUGUUUCUCAUCUCUCCACAAGAGGGCGCUACUGCACCUACAUAUGAUCAUGUACUCUCAGUUCAGUUACAUCAGUGGUGUCCAAUGUCCAUCAUGGAGGGUCAAAGUCCUGCAGAGUUUAGCUCCAA